AUGAUGAAGACUGUGUCCAGUGGGAACUGCACCCUGAGCGUGCCAGCCAAGAACUCCUAUCGCAUGGUGGUGCUGGGAGCCUCCAGGGUGGGCAAGAGCUCCAUCGUCUCACGCUUUCUCACUGGCCGCUUUGAGGACCAGUACACUCCCACCAUUGAGGAUUUUCACCGCAAGGUCUACAACAUCCGGGGAGACAUGUACCAGCUGGACAUCCUGGACACAUCUGGGAAUCACCCUUUCCCUGCAAUGAGGAGGCUUUCUAUACUGACAGGAGAUGUUUUUAUCCUGGUGUUCAGUUUGGACAACAGAGAAUCCUUUGAUGAGGUCAAGAGGAUCCAAAAGCAGAUCCUUGAAGUCAAAUCCUGCCUGAAGAACAAGACCAAAGAGACAGCUGACCUCCCCAUGGUGAUCUGUGGCAACAAAAAUGAUCAUAGUGAAAUCUACCGCAAGGUGCGCUCAGAGGAAGCAGAGAAGCUUGUCUCCAGCGAUGAGAACUGUGCUUACUUUGAAAUCUCAGCCAAGAAGAACACGAACGUGGAUGAGAUGUUCUAUGUCCUCUUCAGCAUGGCCAAGCUACCUCACGAGAUGAGCCCUGCCCUUCACAGGAAAAUCUCUGUCCAGUAUGGCGACGCCUUCCACCAAAAAUCCUUCAGGAUGCGCCGGGUCAAAGAGAUGGAUGCCUAUGGCAUGGUCUCCCCCUUCGCUCGCCGACCCAGUGUCAACAGUGACCUGAAAUACAUCAAAUCCAAAGUUCUCAGGGAAGGCCAGGCAAGGGAGAGGGAGAAAUGCACUAUCCAGUGA